AUGGACAUCCAUCAAAUUGAGCGCCAGUGUGCCGAUCUUUCCCUGGCUGUGGAAGAGACCGGUGGUUUGGAGGCCCCUGAUGUACAGGCCAUUCCGGAUGCCACUAUCCACCAUAAUCUGGUGGGCAGAUUUCUCUCCGACCGACAGGUUCGAUUUGAACAUAUGCAGCAGGUCUUCGCCUCAAUCUGGAGGCCGGUGAUGGGGAUGUACGCUUUGGCGUUGACUGAUGAUCUAUACUUGUUUCAAUUCCCUCACGCUAAGGAUCUGCAAAGGGUCAUUGAUGAUGGUCCUUGGUCCUUCGAAAACCAACUUUUGGUGUGUGACAGGGUACCAGACGGGAUCAGACCAGAGGAGGUCCCGCUUGAUUCAGUAUCCUUUUGGGUUCAAAUCCACGGCCUUCCGGCGAUGUAUGCCUCUGCUGAUUUCAUUGCGAAGAUCGGUAAUUAUGUGGGGUCCUUUGUCAUGGCAGAUCCGUUCAACUUUGGCGGGACAUGGAAGAGUUACUACCGCAUCCGCGUGCGAAUGAAUGUUCUGGAUCCUCUCAAGCGACGCAUGAAGCUCAUGCUACGUGACGGUACUAGCCAGUGGAUAUCUUUCAAAUACGAACGGCUGAAUACGUUCUGCUAUUGUUGCGGGGUUCUGGGGCAUACCGACAAAUUCUGCAAAACAGUAUAUGAAGAGGGCAUUCUGCCCGAGGCAUUCCCAUUCGGAUCAUGGUUGCGUGCGGGGCCUCGAAGGCAGGUAAAGCCAGUUGGGGCGAAAUGGCUUCUUUCGCAGUCAUCAUCGUCUAUAGCGCACUCGGCUGUUCCUCCGGCCGGACCUCCACCGCCUGCGUUGGUAGUUCUGGAGGAGUCUAACGGGCUACAAGGGGACUUGAAACGCCACAGAGAGGAAACGGGCAUGGAAUCUGUAGUUGUGACAUCGGACGUAGUAAUGGCAGAGAAUAUGCGUACCCAGAGUAUGGCGAGCUUGGUAGACCAGGCUCGCCUGGCCAAAUGA